AUGUGGCUGCAGCAGCGCCUGAAGGGUUUGCCGGGGCUGCUGUCGAGCAGCUGGGCCCGCCGCCUGCUCGGCCUGCUCGGCCUCCUGCUGCUGCUCCUGUGGUUCGCGGGCUCCGGGGCGCGGCGGGCGGCCGGGGGCCUGCGCCUGCCGUCCUGGGCCCGCGGCGAGCCGGGCGCCGCCGAACCCUCCGGCUGCCUGGAGGCGGCCACUCGCGCCUGGCGCGGCCUGCGGGAGCGAGGCGAGGCCGUGCGGCUGGGCCCCGGCGUGCCGGCCUUGGUGGCCAACGGCUUCCUGGCUCUGGACGUGGCCGCCAACCGGUUGUGGGUGACACCCGGGGAACGGGAACCCGCCGUGGCGCCGGACUUCGUGCCCUUCGUGCAGCUGCGUCCGCUGAGCGUGCUGGCCGAGGCCGGGGAGACGGCGCUGCUGCUGCGCGAGGGGCUGCUGCGUCGGGUGCGUUGUCUGCAGCUGGGGACCCCGGGCCCGGGUCCUGUCGCCGCUGGCCCUGGACCCGCCUCGGCUUCGGGCCUCGCUUCGGGCUCUGGCCGUGACUGCGUGCUGCUUCAGGAGGACUUCCUCGCGCACCGGGGCCGACCUCACGUCUACGCGCAGCGCAUCCAGCUCAACAACCCCACGGAGCGCGUGGCCGCGCUGCAGACUGUGGGCCCCACCGCGGGCCCCGUCCCCAAGUCCUUCGCCAGUACUCUGGAGAAAGUCGGAGACCAUCAGUUCCUCCUCUACUCGGGGCGUUCCACCCCGCUUCCCACGGGCAUGGUGCACCUGGUCGUGGUGGCCGCCAAGAAGCUAGUGAACCGACUCCAAGUGGCUCCCAAGACACAGCUGGAUGAGACCGUGCUGUGGGUGGUACAUGUCUCCGGCCCCCUUAGCCCCCAGGGGCUUAAAAGCAAAGCAACCAAGGAGCUCAAGACGCUGCAGGACUUGGCCCGGAAGGAGAUGCUAGAACUCUUGGAGAUGCCUGCGGCUGAGUUGCUUCAGGACCACCAGCACCUAUGGGCUCAGCUGUUCAGCCCAGGUGUGGAGAUGAAGAAGAUCACCGACAGCCACACGCCAUCAGCUCUGACCGUGAACCUUACGCUGUACUACAUGCUCUCCUGCUCGCCGGCCCCACUGCUCAGCCCCUCCCUGAGCCACAAGGAGCGGGAGCACAUGGAGGCCACGCUCAACUACGAGGACCACUGCUUCAGCGGCCACGCCACCAUGCACGCCGAGAACCUGUGGCCAGGCCAGCUCUCCUCUGUGCAGCAGAUCCUGCAGCUGUCCGACCUGUGGAAGCUGACUCUCCAGAAGCGUGGCUGCAAGGGGCUGGUGAAAGUGGGUGCCCCCGGCAUCCUGCAGGGCAUGGUGCUCAGCUUCGGAGGCCUUCAGUUCACAGAGAACCACCUGCAGUUCCAGGCCGACCCUGACGUGCUGCACAACAGCUACGCACUGCACGGCAUCCGCUACAAGAACGACCACAUCGACUUAGCGGUGCUGGCGGACGAUGCGGGCAAGCCCUACCUGCACGUGUCCGUGGAGUCCCGCGGCCAGUCUGUCAAGGUCUAUGCGUGCAAGGCGGGCUGCUUGGAGGACCCCGUGGAGCUGACCUCAGCACCAGGGGGCCACACCUUCUCAGUCAUGGUGACACAGCCCAUCACACCACUGUUGUACAUCUCCACUGACCUCACACAUCUGCAGGAUCUGCGGCACACGCUGCACCUCAAGGCCAUCCUGGCCCAUGAUGAGCACAUGGCCCAGCAGGACCCCGGGCUGCCGUUCCUCUUCUGGUUCAGCGUGGCCUCCCUCAUCACUCUUUUCCACCUCUUCCUCUUCAAGCUCAUCUACAACGAGUACUGUGGGCCUGGAGCCAAACCUUUCUUCAGGAGCAAGGAAGAUCCCAGUGUUUGAGUGAACUGCGAGUCCUGCUUUCGGCCUCCGUCGGCACACGAUGCCAGCACUGAGCAUCCUGCUACUGCAGUGAACAAGGGAUCCUUUGGAAGCACCAACCCUUUGUGCCUUGUGGGGGACAGUGACGCAGAAGCACUUGAGGGUACAAGAAUUUGCACUGGAAGGGCUGUCAGUGGGGAGGGAGGGCCAGUGGACUUCUGUAAGCUUUCCAGUCAAUAAAAUGAACCUGUAGGGAAAAUACUUGAAAUUGAACUCACUCCUUCCACUUCCCCUAUUUUUUCUAUCCCAGGAAAUAGACUCUCUUUUAAAAAGACUAGUUUAGGAAGAAUUGUGUUCUUUUCCUAAUUUAAUGUAUUCUUUCUUGAUGGAUUUCUAAUUUAUUUUUGUUGAUAUUUUGCUGGGUGGCUUUUUGUCCACCUUAGAUUGUAAAUGUUGGUGGUGAUGGCUGAUCCCUGCCACCUUGGUGGCACCUGGAGGCUCUCUGCCCUCCCCUGGUUUGCACGUCUCUUUCUUACCUUGAGCCUGUGGGACCUGUGAUUUUGUACUUCUGGCCUUGGGGAAGGUAUUCAACUUUCUAGUGAUGGAUGAUUGUUGGGUUUUGAAAUACCAAAGCUUUUUUGUUCUUUUUUAAAUAAAUAUCUUUCAAGCUUC